AUGGCCGGUACACAGAACCUCACUGCGCAAAAGAGGCUCGCUGCAGCAUGUCUCAAGGUCGGCAAGGGCAAAGUCUGGAUGGACCCCAGCGAACAGACUGAGAUCGCAGGCGCCAACUCCAGGCAAAACAUCCGCAAGCUCAUCAAGGAUGGUCUCAUCAUCAAAAAGCCAACCGUCGUCCACAGCCGAUCGCGCGUCCGAGAGAUGGCCAAUGCAAAGCGUCAGGGUCGUCACUCCGGUGCCGGUAAGCGUCACGGUACCUCAGAGGCCCGAUUGCGUUCUUCUGUCGUGUGGAUGCGUCGCCAGCGUGUCUUGCGGCGAUUGCUGCGCAAGUACAGAGAUGCAGGUAAGAUCACCAACCACCUCUACCACUCCCUCUAUGCCAGUGCAAAAGGAAACACCUUCAAGCACAAGCGUGCCUUGAUUGAGCACAUCCACCAGGCCAAGUCGGAGGAGACCCGCGCCAAGCACAUCGCAGAGACCCAGGAGGCACGUCGUGCACGCGCAAAGGCUGCUAGGGAGAGGCGUCAGCAGCGACUCCAGGCAAAGGUCGACCAGCAGUCCGCCGAUGCUACUGAGGCUUAA